CUCGCCAGUGUGUUUUGUAAAAAGGUCUCCUUGGCCACUUCAGAGCAACUCGCCCCCCACCCUUCCUUUGUGGGGGAAAGACUGGCAACGUUUACUCGGAUUGCCAAAGUAAACGGGAGACUUCCGCAACGCACGGAGCUCUCGUCGACGGCUUCGCAAGCGGGGGUGGUGGUGGUGGAUCGGGCCAGGCGUAAACGAAAGCGAAAGCAGAAACAGCUACACACGGGCGGGCGGACGGGCGAGGCAAAAGGACAGCCGCGGAGCCGACGCUUUUUCGUGCCAUCGCCGCGAGGCUCCGGGUGCCAUUUCCGAGCAGCCAUGGCACAAAGGAGCCAAGCCCUCGGAAUACAGACUCCCUACAAUUACGGAAGUAUGAAUCCGAUACCUGCGCAAGGGACAUACGAUUUCAUCCCUGGUGCGGGAAUGGCCCAAGGCCCAGAACCUUCUGCCCCUCCUAUCUCUGGCUAUGAAGGCACCACAUUUGGAGAUGGUGGAGGAAAAUAUUUCCCUCCUCCGCCUGAUUUGGUCCCUGAUCGUGGAGGCAAUGCACAUCCAGAACAUACAGACUGGAGUAUUCCUGCCAUUACAGAAGAUGAGGCCCAAGAAGCUUUGGUUCAAUAUGCUGCAAGCAAAUGCUGCUAUAGCUCAGCUCCAGCCAAAGACAUGCUAUUUCAGGAUCUACAUUCAUUCAAUACUUACAGGUAUCGUUUGGAGACCUUCACUGAAUCAAGGUCCUCUUUGUGGAAAACAGAACCGUAUACUGGUGAAGCAGUAGAUUCCUGUUUGUAUAGCACACCUCCUUUACCUUGGGAUAUGAAUGUUGAAGUUCCUGAGAUGUUCAAAGACAGUGUCAAGAGAGUCAGAGUGCCUUGCACAUCAUCAGUUAAGGGAUGCCCAGUGUGUGCAUGUUCAGGUAGACGUCCUUGCAGCACAUGCCAUGGCUGCUCUAGAGAACAGUGCUGGGUAUGUAAUGGAAAAGGAUUCCAGUUUAGUGAUCAGAGAUGCAGCAGCUGUGGUGGAAUUGGAAAUAUCAUGUGCCGUACAUGUUCAGGUAUGGGAACAACAGCAUGCACCAAUUGCAAAGGAAAAGGACAGUUGUUGCAAUACAUUGAACUUCAAGUUGAAUGGAAGAAUAACGUUUUUGAACAUGUUGUGGACCAAAGAACUGGAUUUCCUACUGAACUCUUCAAAGAAGUUAAUGGGAAGAAGUUGUUUGUCGAUGAACAAUAUAUGGUUUAUCCAGUGGUAGAUUUUCCUGAUAAUGACAUCAAUCAAGCAUCCCGGAAUGCCGUUCAACAGCAUCAGACUCGUUUUGCUUCCACAGCUCGCAUCGUGAGGCAGAGGCAGACGAUUGAGCUCAUAUUUCUUACUAAGGUGGAAUACGAGUGGCGUGGAAAAUCCCAUUCCUAUUAUGUGUAUGGAAAUGAGCACAGGGUGCAUGUAGAAGAUUACCCUGCAACUUGUUGCUGUACCAUCAUAUGAUUCAUAGAUUAUUCAAACCACUGUAAAGAAAACUUUCUUUGUUAUUCUGCAUCAUUGGUCCCUUGCAGCCCUGCAUUGUUUAAAUGACUGAUAGAAGAAUGAUGAUAUGCGAGUGUGUCGUGUAGUGGAUAGAGUAACAAAUUAGGAGUCCAGAGAACAGGGUUUGAAUCCCACUUGGUCAUGGACACUCACCGGGGUAACAAAAUUGGUACAACCACUCCUUAAAUAUCUAAGGUACCUUGAAAACCUUAUUAGGGUC